AUGGGCGUGCAAAUGCAAAAGGAAAUCAAGUGUGAAAGCUAAAUCUCAUCAAAUGAUCCACCCAAUUAAUCGCUCCAUCUCUGACACUACCAUCAUUGAAUAUCUGUCCUGUAUCUAUACCUCCUUAUACUGUAUCUAUAUAUUGUAUUGCUCUAUAAAGCUGUUAAAGACUAGACCAACCGAACCCAUUUCACUGUUUCUUUUCUUCAUCUGGACCUGACCUACAUGUAUAGCUCUAGAAAUAGAGAAGAGGGUUAAAGAUGUCUCAGAAAUGUGAUGAUUUACGGUUGAGUUUGAGUUUGAGUUUGAGUUUGAGAUGCCCAGAGAAUGUUAAUCCACCGCCACCGCCGCUGGCUCCUCCACCACCACCACAACCACCGUUUCCAUUGAGCCUGUUGCAAUCUCCUUUGCCUUUCAUGCAGCGGCAGAAUCAGAAGUCUCCAACCGCUGAUCCGUUUCAAUUAUCUGCGGAUCGGCAUGUUGAGGGGAGAUCGUUUCUCCGGGGGAUUGACAUGAAUAAACCGAUAACUCUAACAGACCUUGAGGAAGAAGUGAUGGUUUCAUCUCCAAACAGUACAGUCUCAAGUUUGAGUGAGAAAAGGAGUGAGAGAGAAGAGAAUGAGGCGGAGAGGGCCUCGAGUUCUAUGGAGGUGGAUGAGGACGGUGGCGACGCCACGGGGAGGAAGAAACUCCGGCUGACUAAAGAACAAGGAGCGGUGCUUGAAGAGACUUUCAACGAACAGAACACUCUCACUCCGAAGCAAAAAUUGACUUUAGCGAAUCAGCUAAAUUUGAGACCAAGACAGGUGGAGGUGUGGUUUCAGAACAGAAGGGCAAGGACAAAGUUGAAGCAAACGGAGGUAGAUUGCGAGUAUCUGAGGCGUUGCUGCGAAAAUCUGACAGCGGAAAACAGGCGAUUGACGAAGGAGGUGAACGAGCUGAGAGCACUGAAACUUUCCCCACAGUUUUACAUGAAUAUAUCUCCUCCUACUACCCUCACCAUGUGUCCUCAGUGUGAACGCGUGGCUGUGUCUUCCACAUCUUCUGCAACUCGACAAUGCAAUCCAGUAGCGGCUCACCACCAACGACCAAUUCCUGUGACCUCAUUGGCUGCCAUGAUUCCGUCUCAACCACUUGAUGCCCACUGCCACAAUGCCUAGCUUCAGUGAGAAGGAUUUCACUUCCUCGGGACGAUGAAGUUUUGCCACCGGAAAGAGUGACCGAGGGGGAUGGAGGAAGGCUCUUUUGAUUAGGAGCAAUGAAACCUGGUAGAGGAUAGAAAUAGAGAA